CAAGAAGAAGCACAGCAACACGACCAGCGGACGAACGCGGCCGACUCGCAGCACCCGUUGACGACGACUCUCGGAGUAAACAAAAAAAACUUUAUUUCAGAUUUAUUUUAAUAAGAUUAAAACCCUAAAUUCAAACGGCAUUUGAAUGCAGACGUGCUCGUGAUAAAGUGCAUAAACCAACAAAAGUGUCAUAACCCAUAUAAAAACAACAGAAAACCGUCAACAAACGAAGCAGUAACUAAAAAAAGAGCAGAAAAAAUCGCGAAACCUUUGCAUACACAGAAAUAAACGCUUAGACUGUUUUUUAUGCCUGGCCUGAAUGACUAAUGAAACAGCUUGAAAGCCAACUGACAGUAAAUUUUGUCAAAACAAAUGCUCGGAGAGAGACAUCCAAGGCGAUUCAACGCAGCUACUUAUUGUCAUAAUUUUUGUUUUAGAUAUGUAUUUACAUAUAUAUAUGUACUGUCAACAACGCGUUAAUUAAUUAUGAGCAAACACUAAAAAUAGCUAAUAUAAAAAAGGAAGCGAACAGACCAUCUAGUAAUUAUGCUUGACCCUGGUCCAACAAUAGCCAUAGCCACAGACCCAGCGCCGACGACUUUGUCGCUGUCUUCUGGCUAACGCUGCCGUUGACGUUGACGUUGACGCUGACGCCGCUGUCUCAGUCGCUGCUUCAAUUAACAAAUUUACUCGCCAAGUUGACGUUGACGUCGGCGUCGCGACUAAGCUGCUGCAGUCGCUUCACGUUCGUUGGGUCGCGCAAAGCAAAGCGCUGACAAUAUAAGAAAUAAUUGUUUAAAUAAAAACAAUUCAGUUUAACAUUUGAGAUUUAUUACUGGAAGAUUCGAUAUGGCUGCCGUUGGCAAUCUACACAAUACGCGCAUUUUGCGUUUUCUCUUAGUUCUAAUCGUUGUCAUACUCACAAUUUUCAUCUAUGCUUCAUACUCAACGACUGCGACGCUGACGCCAACGCACAUGCAUGCAGCAGCGCCCGCGCCGACGCCACAACAGCUGACAGCGAUUGCGGCGGCUGGACAUCAACAGCAGCAGCAGCCGUUGAUGGCGGCGCUGAAUAACACAGGCGAAUUUGGACUAGCGCCCGCAGAGGAACUCACUAACAGUAACAACAACAACAACAAUAAUAAAGCAAAGCAACAGGAACAACAGCAUAAGAAACCACAGCAUCGUCUACCCACCAUAGAUGAAGAUGCUCUGCUGGAUGGUGGCGCAGCAGGCGCUAGUCCCAUUGCAAUGGGCAGCGAACAAGGCGAUGAAAUGCUCGAUGAGCCGCAAUAUGUGCAAAAUAUUGAUGCAAUUACAGGCAACAUUAAUACUAACAGCAACAACAAUAAUAACAUUAGCGAAACUAAGCAGGCAGCGACCGUUGCUGUUGUACAACAACAACUGCAGCAACAGCAGCAGCAGCCGCAAUCGCCUUCGGACGCUGAGAAUCUGAUGAUACCCACAUCCAAUUUGCAAAAGUUCAUCGAGAAUGCUGAUAAGAUAUUGAAGAACAUGACAGUCAAUAGCAGCAGUAGCAGCAACACGGCAGCAGCACCAGCGGUAGCCGCGCCAUCAGCGGCAGUUGCCUCAGCGCCUAGCGAACAACGCACGGAUAAGACCAAUCAGCCGGGUUUGAUGGAAGACGUGCAAAUAAAUUUGCUGGAUAACAACAAUUCACCUGCUGGCUCUUACGCUGUAAUGCCCGUUAAGGUACCGGUGGAGGAGGAUAUCAAGAAGAAGCCGGCAACAGCUAAGCCAAAGCCCAAAAACACCAACAACAAGCCAUCCAGUGGUCCAAUGGAUCCCUCAAAGGGCAUUCCUGCGGAGAGAAUCUAUGAGAGCGGACAUCUAAAUGAGCAAAUAGAUGUGGAACGCAUAUGUCCUUCAAAUGGCUUAAAUACUCGUCUACUUAUUCUGAUCACCUCUGCACAGACUCAUGCAGAUGCUCGCAUGUCCAUACGCCAGACAUGGGGACAUUAUGGAACGAGAAGAGAUAUAAGCAUGGCUUUUGUUUUGGGUCGCGGCACGAAUGAGACGGUGAACGCGGCUUUAAAUCAGGAGAAUUAUAUGUAUGGUGAUCUGAUACGUGGCAAUUUUAUCGACUCGUACAACAAUUUAACGCUAAAGACAAUCUCAUCGUUGGAAUGGACCGAUCAACAUUGUUCGAGUGCCAAAUAUAUAUUGAAAACAGAUGAUGAUAUGUUUAUCAAUGUGCCCAAGCUACUGAAUUUCCUCAAACAACUCGAGAAGCGUAAGGAGAAGCGCGCGAUCUAUGGCCGUUUGGCCAAGAAAUGGAAACCAAUACGUAAUAAGAAAUCAAAGUACUAUGUAUCGACUGACCAAUUUCCUGCGUCUGUAUUCCCAUCCUUUACAACGGGUCCCGCUUACGUUAUGACAGGUUCAAUAGUUCAUGAUCUAUAUGUUAGAUCUUUGAAGACCGUCUAUCUGAAGCUGGAGGAUGUCUUCACCACAGGGAUUGUGGCACAGAGUUUGGGCAUUGAGCGUUUGCAUGUGAAUGAGUUUGUUAAUCGACGUAUUUCGUUUAAUCCAUGCAAUAUACGAAAUGCAAUUAGCGUCCAUAUGAUCAAAUCGAAUGAACAAUUCGAUCUGUGGAAGAAGCUGCUGGACCAGGCCACGAAAUGUAAAUAGUAUUUUAGGUUUAAGCUGUGAAUUUAAUGUUUAAAGCAAAAGAAAAGGCAGCUAGUGGCAGCAAAUAGUAAAUACUUUAGUAUAUUAAGUAUUAGAAAUAUGUAUCUAUAUCUAUUAUAUACUCGAGCGUUAAAUGCAUACG